AUGAUAUGGGCCAUCCCCUUACUCGUGGUCCUUCUCGUGCUCAAGGUCGCCAGAGGCCACGAGAAGCCAGCCAAGAAACGCUUCUACGAUAAGAAGGAGUACUCGCCACCAAAAAUCCAGGCAGUCUCCAGCGACUUUGACUGGCAGUCCCAGGAGCCUCUCAAGUCCUAUCCGUUCAAAAAUGCUGCCUAUAAGUUGACAAUGGGGAUCAAGUCUUUGGACGUACAAGACUGGUUAUUGGUUGAAAACUCCUACAAGAAAGUCACUGCAGUGAAGUCUAAGAUUAUCAACAACUCCCACCCUGCCUACCCGGCAGAGAAGGACCUCAGAUCCAAUACACUCUUACACACGGACGAGGCGUUUCCUGCCAUCAAAGAGUUUUACUCCGUCGCUACCAGCUACAUGUGUGACAAGUACCCCAUGUACUUUGUGAGAGAAGGCGACAUGAUUCACAACAAAAUAAACAAUAUUUACGUUCCAAGCACUUGUUCAAAUGACGUCAAGGAUGCCCCCAAGUAUUUGGAAUAUUUGACCCAGAUUAUCGAGGAGGAUUUCAUUAUUCUUCUUAAAGACCCAAGUAAAGAAGACGAAAAAGAUGGUACCGAAUAUUUCUUCAAGGCAGGAGUGUUUGCUUUUGCCGCAGGCUUUAAUCCAAGGGAUAGAUUCAACGCUCCUCUUUCUUUUGUUCAUCAUCCAAUCCCCGGGUAUGAAGAAAAGUUGAAGCUUUCCAUGAAUCGUUUCUUCAAUAGAAUAGUACCUGGACAAUUUGUUACCCGAAGCAACUUCUCAGUUCAAACCCACGAUAAAUAUUAUGUUGAUGACUCCAACAAGGGCCACAACCUUCCCAAGGAUCAUGUACAAGUGGCAUUGGAUUAUGAUAGCUUGGAUUUUGACAACCAGGUGCACUACAGAAGCGAAAGACAAGUAUUAACCAAAUUGCCCGAAUCAGGAGCAGUUGUAUUCACCAUCAGAACCUAUUUACAUCCAAUGAGUAGGAUCAAAAGUGAGGGUCCAGAAGUUUGUGAGAGAUUGGUUGGUGCCAUCGAGGGGUUCCCUCCCGAUAUUGUCACUUACAAGAGGGCAGGCGAAUGGGGCCCUCCUUUGAUUAAAUAUUUGAGGAGUUAG